CUUCACCUUCAGAGGCGCGGGGCGUGCGCGUCCUCCUUCCCGGGCCCGCCGCCUCCCGCCAAGGGCUCAUCCCAAUUUGGACUAGUCCCAUUUGGCUGCUGUAUAGGAUGGUGCAGCUGUAGGGGGUGAGAUGACACGCCCCGCCCUCCGCCACGGCCAGUCACUGAGGUGCUCUCUGCUGCUUGCCAUGCUUUCAGGGUAGGAUACACGGGCUGUCCUGGCAGGUGCGUCUCUGCAGCUGGGAAGCAGGAGCCUCAUCUGAAGAUGGAGAGAUAAGACGUCGUCUGGCAGGCUUGGGUGACAGAAAGUGCCCAUCCCGGCCGGGGAGCCCGUGUCCUGGAGAUGGAUCGCAACCGAGAGGCCGAGGUGGAGCUGAGAAGGGGCCCGAGCCCCAGCAGGGCCAGCAGGAGCCCCGAGGUGGACGGAGACAAGGCCAUGAGCCACAGCUGCUGCAUCUGUGGCAAGAGCUUCCCCUUCCAGAGCUCCCUGUCUCAGCACAUGCGCAAGCACACCGGGGAAAAGCCCUACAAGUGUCCCUACUGCGACCACAGGGCUUCCCAGAAGGGCAACCUGAAGAUCCAUAUCCGCAGCCACCGCACAGGCACUCUGAUCCAGGGCCACGAGCCAGAGGCUGGUGAGAUGCGUGUGUCUGAGGGCCUGGACGGCUGCACCAGCCCUACCAAGAGCAGUUCAGCCUGCAACAAGAUCCUGAACGGGGCCACCCAACUGGACGACAGCAAGAUCCUGCUGAGGAGCAGCAAGAAGGAGGCGGAGGGGGCUGUCUGUGCCCCAGAGGAGGGCAAGGUGGCAGCCCAGUGCUCCUUCUGCAAGUGCAAGUUUGAGCGGAAGAAGGACCUGGAGCAGCACGUGCACCAGGCUCACAAGCCAUUCAGGUGCAGGCUGUGCAGCUACAUGACCCUGAGGGAAGAGUCCCUGCUGAGCCACAUUGACAGGGACCACAUCACAGCGCAGGGGCCCAGUGGCACUGAGGCCUACGUGGAGAACGGCAAGCCCGAGCUCACCCCCGGUGAGUUUCCCUGUGAGGUGUGUGGCCAGGCCUUCAGCCAGACCUGGUUCCUCAAGGCCCACAUGAAGAAGCACAGAGGCUCCUUCGACCAUGGCUGCCACAUCUGUGGCCGGAGAUUCAAAGAGCCGUGGUUCCUCAAGAACCACAUGAAGGCACACGGCCCCAAGACAGGCAGCAAGAACAAGCCCAAGAGCGAGCUGGACCCCAUAGCCACCAUCAACAACGUGGUGCAGGAAGAGACGAUUGUGGCGGGCCUGUCCCUUUAUGAAGUCUGCACCAAGUGUGGGAACCUGUUUACAAACCUGGACAGCUUGAACGCGCACAACGCCAUCCACCGCCGGGUGGAGGCCGGCCGGACGCGGGCCCUGGCCGGGGAGGGCGCGGCCCAGGGUGGCCCCCCGGACUCCCAGCAGCUGUUCCUCCAGUGCCUGAACCUGCGGCCCGCCGUGGCCAGUGUGCCUGCUCGCGGGCAGGCGGGGCGGCGUGUGGCCGAGCUGGACCCAGUCAACAGUUACCAGGCCUGGCAGCUGGCCACGCGGGGCAAGGUGGCCGAGCCGGCCGAGUACCUCAAGUACGGGGCGUGGGACGAGGCGUUGGCCGGGGACGUGGCCUUCGACAAGGAGCGGCGCGAGUACAUCUUGGUGAGCCAGGAGAAGCGCAAGCGCGAGCCUGAGCCUGGCGCACCGGGGCCCCCGCGCAAGCGAGCGGGUGCGCCCGGGGACCCCACGCCUGGGCCCCUGGACCCCAGGCCUGCCGUUCGCCCCAGCCGCCGCGCCGCCGCCCCCGCGGGCCACGGCAAGUCGUCCGAGUGCUUCGAGUGCGGCAAGAUCUUCCGCACCUACCACCAGAUGGUGCUGCACUCCCGGGUGCACCGGCGCGCGCGCCGAGACCGCGACGGCCCUGGGGACCGCGCACCCCGUGUGCGCUGCGGCUCGCUCAGCGAGGGCGACUCGGCCUCGCAGCCCAGCAGCCCGGGCUCGGCCUGUGGUGCUGCCGCCGACUCCCCGGGCUCGGGCCUGGCCGACGAGGCUGCGGAUGAGAGCGGAGAGGAGGGUGCAGCCGACCCUGCACCAGGGGGAAAGCCACACCGCUUCUGCUUUUCUGAAGAGGUAGCACCGACUGUGCUCUCCAAUGGAGACCAGAGCCAUGCACCUGGAAGUAACGCGCCGGAAACAGACACUGGUGAGCCCAGAGCUGGGAAUGCAUCGUCAUUGUCCACCCUUGAAAACAGGAGCAGGGAUGCUUCCAAGAGAUCCGAGCAGCCCAGGUUUUCUGUGGACUUGAAGACGCCAGGGUUUCACCUGAAGCAGGAGGUCUCCGUUUCGAGGGAUGCCGCAAACUUCCCUUUGCAUUUGGGUCAGACUUUUCCAGAAGGAGCCGAUCUGCAGCUCUUGUCUGAGAGCCCAGCCAACCACCUGAAGGAGAAGCUGUCCGACCUGCUCAUGAAGGGACAUGCAGGCGGUGGAAGAAAGGGGCCGGCCCCAGACUUGAUCCCGCUGGACCUCAGUGAGAGGUCGAGUCGGGAUGACCCCAGCCGUAAGGAACUGGCCUCGUCGCUGCAAGCCGCGCUGGCUGUUCACCCGUGUCCUUACUGCAGUCACAAGACCUACUACCCCGAGGUCCUGUGGAUGCACAAGCGUGUCUGGCACAGGGUCAGCUGCAACUCCAUGGCCCCCCAGUGGAUUCAGCCCAAUGGUUACAAAAGCAUCAGAAACAACUUGGUCUUCCUAGCCCGGAGUGGACGCACGGGCCCCCCACCUGCUCUGGGGGGCAAGGAGUGCCAGCCUCUGCCCAUCGCUCGGUUCACGCGCACCCAGGUGCCGGGAGGGGCGCCAGGGCCCAAAAGCAGUUCCUCGCCGCUGGGUGUGACCACAAAAGCCGCUAGCAUGCCUAAGAGCAAGGAGAGCCACCCCGGGGGCCCCUGCGCACUUUGGGUGGCCAGCCCUGAGGGGCACCGGCAGGCCAAGCCUGGCCAUGGCCCCGAGCAGCAUGGAGCCCCCACGCAGCCGCCCCUGCCCAAGCCCAGGCAGGAGGCCAGCCCUAGACCCGGGCCCAUGGGGGGCAGCGGCUUCAGCCGGAGUGCCACCCCCACACCUUCUGUUAUUGCUCGGGCGGGCAGCCAGCCCCUGGCUGGUGGGAGGCCGGGGGACAAAUACAUCAUCCCUCCCGCGGGGGCCAGCCUCGGCCCCCCAAAUAAGCACAGCGCCCCGGACCCCCUGAAAGCCAAAUUCAGCCCUCAGCCUCAGGGUCAGCCACACGUGAAAGGUGAUGGGGGCCCCUCUCUACCUCCCCGCGAGCCCCCCUCCAAGGCCGGCCAGGAGCUGCGGCCACCGGCCAGUGGUGGGGCGGGCCCCAGGGGGAAUGCAGCCUUGCCUGGCCUGCCCGCCCUGCACGCCAGCAAGCAGGAGCCCACGUCUGACGGCCACGAGAAGCGCCUGGACAUCCUCAAUAUCUUUAAGACGUACAUUCCAAAGGACUUUGCUUCUCUGUACCAGAGCUGGGGUGCCAAUGGUCCUGCACUAGAGCACAGAGGGAUGCUCCGGACGCAGGCCCGCCAAGGAGACUUCGUGUGCGUGGAGUGUGGGAAGCGCUUCCACCAGCCCAGCCACCUCAGGGCGCACACGCAGGCGCACACAGGGGAGAGACCGUUCUAACGCAGAUCCCGUCCCGACAGUGCCUCUCAGGAAGGGAACCUGAAGACACGUUUCCAGCGUACCCCGGUGCCCCUGAUAGCCGUCAGCAGCCCCCUUGCGGAUGUCCCCACAGCGACCCUGACCACCUUGGUGGUGGAAGAUCAGCCGCAGGACUCCCGCCCGGACACCUUGAAUCCUGGAGCCGCUGAGCCGGAGUAGAGACCGAAGGGAAAUGCUUCUCCUCCUUGUUAAACAUUUCAGAAUAAACGAAGAUGGUGUGUCUACUCUAGAGUCACCCGUAGAUAUUCUCUAUGCAUAUAUGUGCUCAUCGACCAUGGCCCCGUGCUUUCUUACCAUAAACAGUGGUGUCGGCAGGCACAGGCGUCUGUGCUGUUCAAGACAAGUUUGAGACACUGGAGAGAGGUUCGUGUGUGUGCAGAAGACACUGAGGAAGCCCUGAGCAGGAGCCGCCGCCGCCACCCAGGAGGACUGUUGGGUAAUGUCCGGACACAGUGGUGGUGGAGCUGAGGUCGGCCAGGUGUUAACACCACGGCCUCUCUGUGUCCUAGGGGGUACGUAGAGUGGUCCGUAAGAGAGCAGAAGGUGGUGGCACAGGGCCGUGACGGGGCCCCACCGUGCGGCAGCCCUCGGGGGUCCGUGUGCAUUUCCUGCGGGCACCCCUGCCCGCCCACCCCACCCCCCGCCCCGUCCUUCCCAUCAUUUGCUCUCAGUGAGCCCGCAGAGGAGACGCAGCUCUGGGAGUGCUUCUGUUCUGCUUUGGAAAAGAGCUAGUUGAACACUAAGAAAAGCAGGCUUCUUUGUUUAUUCUCAGGACCUUUUUGUCACAGGGCUACAUUCUACAAACUGCUCAUCAAGGAAGACUGCCCGUCUUAACAAAUUCUCUAGCCACUGAACCCUCCUAGUCCAGACCCGUUUUACUGAUCGCGGGAGAAUCCCUGAGCAGGUUUGGGAGCCCUGGUGCUCUGGAAACUUCUGCUCCCCCUCCCUCCCUCCCUGCCUACCCGCCCUCCCCACCUCACCCCCAUCUGUCCCUCCACCAGCCCAGCAAGUAGGUGUCUUUUCUUCUCGGGCCUGGGGACCCCUGCAGGAUGAGUACCUUCAUCAUCCCCAGAGCGUGGAGGUCCCCAGGCCCCUGGGUGGGGGCGGCUUUAUAUACCUCUUCCUCAGUCCCGCAAAUGCAAGUUUUUGUGGUGGGGGUUAAGGCCCGUAACAAAGGAUCUUAAACCGUGCAGUGUACGCCGUUAAAAUUGUAUUCCACAGAUAUAAAUAUUUUCUUUUCCUGUUACCGUGACACUAUGUGUGAUGGUAAUAUUUCUGAGAGUUUCAGAUUUUUGCACAUAUGAUUUUAUGCAUUAUCAAAAGUUACUGCUGCCUUGAAUGAAAAUGUUCUGUGAAAUUUUUUGCAAAAGCUUUACUAGGUUUUUUUUAAUUGUGAAAUUUUGUAAAGGCAGGAAAUGGAUUAAAAUGAGCAUGCUAAAUAUAUUUUUCAAAAAAGCAAUAAUUUUACAUGUACAGAAAUUAUCCUAACCUUUAAUACUGGUGAGAGCGACAGUUUACUUAAUACGGUAAUGGAUUAGUGCAGUUUUUUGUAGAAAAUGGGCUUCUGAUACAAAGAUUUGUUUAAACACGUGCGUGCACACGCACACACAUACACACACACACACACACACAAACCCUGAAGUGUGGUUUUCCUGUUCUAAUGAUUUGUUGAAUUAUUAUUAUAUUAUUAUUGUUGAUGUUGUUAUUAGUUAAUGUUUGAUUCUGAAUUCUACUUGUUACUGAAUUUAAAUUACUUGAGGUUCAGGUUACUUUGCAACACUUGCAAACAAUGCAAUGUAAUUGGCUAGCUUCUCUAUACAUACGUAUGUAUACACACGUAUGUAUGUGCACAUGUAUAUGUAUGUGUGUAUAUGUAAACGUUUCUACUUAUUUUUUUCCUGAUACUUAUACACCAGAUAUGUACCAGAAUGAUCUGUUGUGUUGGUGUAAUUAGGAAUAUCCGUGCAGAUUCUAUCGAGCAGCUGUAAUUGACUGUUUCUGUAAAGUUAUUUUGAGCAAAGUUGCAGAGACACAUUCCUCUGUCCACCUUAGAAAUCAGAAUGCCGCCUUUCUGUUGACUUAUGUUUGAUCAUUUUGAUAGUUUCCCCAAAGUGAUAAUUUCUGCGUUUCAUUUUCUUGGCUGAAAGUGAAUAGUGACAGUUCAGGAAUGCACAGGGGUUAGUGAUUCAGUCCUGUCUGUUUCUCUGUGUUCUAGUUAUUAAAAGCAAUUCUGUACCCAAAGUGACACGGAGGUGUCGUGUACAUUCUUACUGUUUCAGAAGCAGCACCCGGGAGCCCCACUGGCAGUUGGAGCUGCCUGGUGGAGACAGGGGUGCGUGCCUGGGGUCCCGCUGGUGGAGUGUGCAGCCGAGUCAUUUUACGUAACCGUGUGUGCUGUGCCGAGUGCAGAAAUAGGUUUCCACGUAACUAAUCAGACGGAGGAGGACCCUCCGAGGAUGCCACCCUCCAAGACACGCCGUUCUCGGGCCUGACUGUGGUUUCUUUCUUCCACUGGUCAUCAGUAUUGUAUUGGUUUGUUAAUGCGUUUAUGUCAGUUUGACCAUAGUAUUUAAUAUGAUUUGUGUUUUCUUAUUUAUUUAGCCAAUAUGUUUUGAUUCGCUUUUUUUUUUUUUGAAUGGUAAUUUCCGCAUGAUCUCUCCUGUAAGUCACCUUCUGACUGUUACAGACUUUCUACUACCUCUACCGAUCUGCUGUUUCCUUGUUUCUUAACAGGAUUUUUACAGUGUUGGCGUCUAAUGUAACUUAGACAAUAAAGGGUUUGGUUGUCUACACUACAGCUUCUCCGUGUAUCUCCCCGCCCCGCCUGCGCUCUCGCUGUUCCUGGCGCGGCUCUGUUGGCCUGGCUCUCCUCCUCGCCUCGCCCUCUCCUCCUCCCCGCUCAAGUCUCUUACUUGUUGUCGAAGUCAAGUAACACGUAAAUAAUGAGCUUAUAGGAGUCUUUCAGGUUAUUCACUCAUAUUCCUUAAUUUUGAAGAAUGAACAUUUACAUUCUCUGAAAAAUCGGCUGGUACGCCUCUUCUCUGGGAGACACUUAGCUGUUUUGCCACUUUCCUGCCUGCUUUUGGAAGGUCUCUUGGCACUCUCAGACGGAGACAUUUCAUUGUUGGUCAAAACACAAGUAGAUUUUCAAGGCAAGCGGAUUUUGCCUUCCCAGUUUUGAAAAGUAUUCAGUGCUUUUAGAGGUCCCUCCAAUACUUACUUGUUUUGGAAACCAAGAAAGACCCUGGUUUCCUGAUAAAAACAUGCUCCAGGAAAUCACUCUAGUUAGUAAUUACACACGGCCACCGGGUUAGGUGAAGGGCUGUUCAUUUUGCCCACGGUGUCAAGAGCCGUCUUCAGACUCGGUGACUCUGGCACAGGCUACGUACAUUUAUAGGAGCAUCCAUGUCAGGGCACAAGCGUCCGUGUCAGGGCACAACACACGCACAGAUUUAGUAAUCUAGCACUGCUUUCCGAUGGAUGUAGUGUUGAAUGCAGCCAGUAACCGGUGCCGUCUCUCUGAUGCCUUCCAGGGCGCUGGCUCAGGGAGCUGCUCAGUCUUCCCACUGGAGAGAGAGGCAUGAGAGAGAGCGAGAGAGUGAGCACUCCUGGCUCACAGGAUGCAUGUCCCCUGGAUCGUGGACAGCAACUGCACCUGUCAAUCUGUGCCCAAAGGACACUGCGCCUCUUGGACGCUUGUGGCCAUAUUUCACUUUAUCAAUAGUCCUGCUUUAAAGCAAAAUAAACGAUGACUCCCCAAACAUCGAUGAUGUACAAACAAGAGGGACUGUAUGUGUUUGACUUUCCCACUUUCCAGACAAAGUAGCAUAUGCUGUUUUACUGCUUUAACUUUGGUGAGUUCUGAGUGCAGAGCAUUUUGUUCACUGAGUAAAAGAAAAAUCACAGGCCAGGACUUCGAGAGGUGGUGUAAGUGCACUGCAGAGCCCCAGCACACCUGUGUGAGGGGACCCAUGGAGAACGUUCAUUCUUCAUCAACUUUGCUAAUGAUACUUUGAGGCAGUAAAAUGCAAAAGACCAUAGAAUUUGUAUUUCUUUUUUUUUUAAAUACAAUUUAUAACAUUAUAUUUUGUACUCUUUAUAUUAGAAUUUGUAACUAGAUUGAUGUAUUUAACUCUAUUUCUGAAAGAAUAAAUCAAUGUUUCAGUUAUGUGAUAAAAAUAUUUAGAUAAAACAUAUUCAUUCUAUUGGAAUUUGAAAUCAAUAAAAA